UGUCUCUUUAAAUAUCACAAAGGGAUGCAUCAGAAUAGGAGUGAAACAACCUACCAAAAAAACCACGAGAGAACUUCUGCUGGUCCCAUGGAGAGGUAACUGAUGUAAAGGGAAUUUAGGCUUACCAGGAACGUAAAUGGUGGGGGGAAAAACCAUUACGACUGUGGAAAAUUCCACUUGAUUUCUUUCUUUCAUUGGCAUACACUUGAUGCUUCAGAUCAGGAAACCAUGAGCUGGUUUACUCAAAUGCUGGAAAACUGGAUUAGUUUUCCUUAUUUAGAAGACUACCUGACCUUAGUGGUUCACCCUCGGUGGUUUUUUGUGCUUCUGAUGUUGUUUUAUUCAGCAGUAUUGGUUUUGUUUUGUUUUUCCGCUUGUGCCUCACUUCUGUUAUAUAUUUACAAGAAGAUGAAUAACCACCAAGAAAAUGAUUUUUAUAGCAAAUUUUGGGACAAGCCAAGGCACGUUAUGAAUCAAGUUGUAGAUACGUAUGGAAAGAUAUGGCAUGGUUAUGAAGUUAUGGACAUGGAACGUCUCCCUAAAGGUCCAGGGAUUAUUAUUAUUUACCAUCCAGCUUUUCCUAUCAACUAUAUAUUAUUUCUGAAUAAACUUUAUAAAAAGACAGGGUUAUACUGCCAUUCAGUAAUCGAUCACAUGUUGUAUAGGACGCCAGGAAUAAAGAUGUUUUUGGAUGUGAUCUUAGCAAAAGAUUUCACGAACGCUGAAUGUGUGGAAAUUCUGAAGAAAGGCCAUUUAUUGAGCAUUUUACCUGGUGGAGCUAGAGAAGGAAAUUUUAGUAAUGACUACAACUUAAUGUGGGGUAACCGCACAGGUUUUGCUCGGAUAGCUUUGGAGGCAAAAGUGCCCAUCAUCCCCAUCUUUACCCAAAACAUGUGUGAAGCAUACAGGACCUUUGGAAAGACAAGGCUGACAAAAUGGCUGUAUGAGAAAACUCGAUGUAUAUUCCUUCCAAGUUAUGGAGGUUUCCCAGUGAAACUGAGGACAUAUGUUGGAGAACCCAUCCCAUAUGAUCCAAAUAUAACUGCCACAGAGCUGACUGAAAAAGCAAAGACUGCACUUGAAAAUCUUCGGGAUAGACACCAAAAAAGGCCAGGAAAUAUAUUAAGAGCUCUUUCUGAACGAUUUGAUAAGCAUGGCAAAGCCAACUAGCUAAAACAAGAAAGCUAAAACAAACCAUAUGUUUGUAAUAGGAAAAAUUAAUAAUUAUGUAAUUAAAGCUAAGUCAACAUGCACAGAAUUGUGCUGGAUUGUAUAUUUAUUUGGAAGGGCCACUAGCUUAGUAGCUCAGCACCUGCUGUGCAUGCAGAAGGUCCUAGGUUUGGAAGAGAUAGAAGUGCUGUCUUGUCCUAUCCUGCAAGACUCCCAGAAUGCCCCUUUUGGGGAAACUUGCACUAGUAGAGCCAGAAUCACAAAGUGUUACAGGAAGGCGAGUGUUUAAUUGAAACAUUAAAUAAUGUUACAUCUGAAA